GCAACUGACACUCCUCCGUGCAGUCGCAGAGAAUCAACAGCUUCUUUCACACUGAGGAUGAGGAUGAUGCCACACAUGUAGAAGAUGAUGAUAGACCGCGCUCACGAAAGAGACCGUCCGUGGAUUCCAUAGUGCGAACAGUUGUGAAUGAAAGACGUGAAGACAACCACAGCAAGAGGAGCUGUGCAUUUUUUUUUUUUCCCCAGCUUGAAAUUUCUCAAGGCGUGAAUUCGUUCCUCCAGUCCAUGAAUGCUGAGAUUUAACGAGACUUUCUGUCCCGGUGAUAUAUAGACAAAAAGCUAUUCAUGUUGCAACCUCAAGCUUCAUGAUAAUGGAUUAUUCGCUGUUAUUAUACAGCCUUUGGGUACCCGUUAUUCUCGCUGUUGAGGAGACUCUUAUGGACAGCAGGUGGGCUACUACAGAGCUGGCGUGGACCACCUAUCCAGAAAGCGGGUGGGAAGAAGUGAGUGGAUAUGACGACCACUUGAGCCCCAUCAGGACAUACCAGGUCUGUAACGUACUGGAGCCCAGUCAGAACAACUGGCUCCGGACAGACUUCAUCCCACGACGGGGAGUUCUUCGAGUUUACGUGGAGCUCAAGUUCUCUGUGCGGGACUGUGGCAGUAUUCCCAAUAUUCCCGGGUCCUGUAAGGAGACCUUUAAUCUGUUCUACUAUGAAUCGGAUGGAGACGUCGCCACAGCAAGCAGCCCGCCAUGGAGGGAGAACCCCUACGUAAAGGUGGACACCAUAGCCCCCGACGAGAGCUUCUCAUUGCUGGAGUCAGGAAUCGUCAACACCAAAGUACGGAGCUUAGGUCCUCUUUCCAAAGCUGGUUUCUACCUGGCCUUCCAGGACCUGGGCUCCUGCAUGUCCCUCAUCUCGGCCAGGGUCUUCUUUAAAAAGUGCUCCACCACCAUUGCUAACUUCGCUGUCUUCCCCGAGACGGCCACUGGUGCCGAGGCCACCUCUCUGGUCAUCGCCGCCGGAGCCUGUGUGCCAAACGCCAUCGAGGAAUCUGUCCCUCUAAAGCUGUACUGUAACGGAGAUGGAGAAUGGAUGGUUCCCGUGGGAGCAUGCACCUGCAUGGCGGGCUUUGAGCCGGCCAAGAAAGAUACUCAGUGCCAGGCGUGCACCCCAGGGACCUUCAAAUCCAAACAGGGCGAGGGUUCUUGUAUGCCGUGCCCUUCCAACAGCCGGGCCAGCUCUAGGGCGUCUAGCAUUUGCCCUUGUCAAAGCGGCUACUACCGUGCUGACAGCGACCCCCCUGAUGCAGCCUGCACUGCUGUUCCUUCGGCACCAUUAAACGUGAUCUCCAGUGUGAACGAGACUUCAGUGUCACUGGAGUGGUCCGAGCCGCGGGAUUUGGGCGGGAGAGGUGACAUGGUGUAUAACGUGGUGUGUAAGAAGUGCCUGCACGAUGGCGGGUCCUGUGCGCGGUGUGACGAUAACGUGGAGGUGUCACCACGGCGACUGGGUCUGGCCGAGAGGCAGGCGGCAGUGAGGAAUCUACAGGCACACACCCAUUACAGCUUUGAGAUCCAGGCUGUCAACGGUGUGUCCCCCAAGAGCCCAUCCACCCCGCAAUAUGCCACUGUCAAUAUCACCACCAAUCAAGCAGCUCCAUCGGCAGUCCCCACCGUCCACUUAAUGCGGGCCACAGCUAGCACUCUCAGCCUCUCCUGGCUGCCCCCAGAGCGGCCCAAUGGUGUGAUCCUGGAUUAUGAGAUCAAGUACCAGGAGAGGGGAGAGUCGUUCUCGCACACCGUCACUGCACAGCACACUUCUGCCAAAGUGGAGGGUUUAAAGGCUGGCACGGUGUACGGCGUGCAAGUACGUGCUCGUACUGUAGCCGGUUACGGACGCUAUAGCAGCCCGGUGGACUUCAGUACAAGUCUUUAUGAUGACCCAGAGCGGUCAGUACAGGACCUGUUGCCACUCAUUGUGGGCUCUGCCUCAGCAGGAUUUGUGGUCAUCCUUGCCAUGGUGGUCAUCGCUGUUGUCUGCCUUAGACGGCAGUGUACUGGCUCUGAGCUGGAGUAUACUGAAAAACUGCAGCAGUACGUAUCCCCCGGUGUAAAAGUUUACAUUGACCCUUUUACAUAUGAGGACCCGAACGAGGCUGUUCAUGAGUUUGCUCGAGAGAUUGACAUCUCAUGUGUGAAGAUCGAGGAAGUCAUUGGAGCAGGAGAGUUCGGGGAGGUGUGUCGAGGCCGACUCAAGCAGCCUGGCCGAAAGGAAGCAACCGUGGCCAUCAAGACACUGAAGGCGGGAUACACGGAGCGCCAAAGGCGGGACUUCCUUAGCGAGGCCAGCAUCAUGGGCCAGUUUGACCAUCCCAAUGUCAUCCACUUGGAGGGAGUUCUGACUAGGAGCUGCCCGGUGCUUAUUGUCACGGAGUUCAUGGAGAACGGAGCGCUCGAUUCUUUCCUUAGACUGAACGAUGGCAGGUUUACUGUAACGCAGCUGGUUGGUAUGUUGAGGGGAAUCGCAGCUGGCAUGAAGUAUCUGUCCGACAUGAACUACGUCCAUCGUGACCUGGCUGCCCGCAAUGUGCUCGUCAACAGCAACCUGGUGUGCAAAGUGUCCGAUUUUGGCCUCUCUCGCUUUCUGGAUGAUAACUCAUCGGACCCCACCUACACCAGCUCAUUGGGGGGAAAGAUCCCAAUCCGCUGGACCGCCCCCGAGGCCAUCGCCUUCAGAAAGUUCACCUCGGCGAGUGAUGUGUGGAGCUACGGGAUCGUGAUGUGGGAGGUUAUGUCAUUCGGGGAGCGGCCAUACUGGGACAUGAGCAAUCAAGAUGUAAUGAACGCAGUGGAGCAGGACUACAGGCUGCCUCCUCCCAUGGACUGCCCCGCAGUGCUGCACCAGCUCAUGCUGGAGUGCUGGGUGAAGGAGCGGAAUAUGAGGCCGCGCUUUGGACAGAUCGUCAGCACACUUGACAAGGUCCUCCGCAACGCCACAAGCCUCAAAGUGCUUACCAGCACACACUCAGGUGAUCUCUGUCGAGUUGGCGGGACCCUGCCGGGCCAUCAAAGGAAGAGUAUAGGAGAUGCACAAGACAUGAAACAACAAAUGAGUCAAACUCUGCCCAUACGGGUUUGACUGAUUAAAAAAAACACCUGCUGA